AAUCGUGCGGAGAGAAAACAUGAAUCAGCAACAGAAUGGCUUGAAGCCUACACGAGGAGGCUCAAUAGCGAUCUUAGGAGACUCAAUGUUAAAAGUGCUGAACCCGUCAAAAUUAUACGGGGCUCGACUGGCAAACAAAUCAUAGUCAAGAUCUUUCCCGGAGCAACUACCGAAGACAUGAAAUACUAUGUUAAGCCAACUCUCGAAAGGAAUCCCGAGCUUGUUGUGCUACAUGUGGGAACAAAUUAUGUCCAUGCAGCGAAAGGAACCUUGGGAAAUUGCGGAUCAGAGUUAACUCAAAAUCAGAGAUUAUUCAGAGGCAAGAUGUAG